GGUGCAGUAGGGGGCGCGGUGAUGAGUGCUUUACGGAUACAUGAGAGUUACUUCCGGUGAACUUUCCGGAAGUAGGCUGGAGUUUAGGCUCAGAAUUUUUUUCUGUUCGUAAGAUCGAAUUUUCUUUGGGACUCUUUGUGAUUAAAAGCCAGUUUCACAAUGGUGAAGAUCUUUGUGGGCAAUCUGCCCCAAGAGGCGACAGAGGAGGAGAUCAAGGCUCUUUUCGAUGAGUACGGCACUGUCACUGAGUGUGCCAUUGUCAAAAACUUUGCCUUCGUCCACAUGGAUGACCGCAAAGCGGCCACCAAAGCCAUCAAGAAUCUGCACCAGCACAAGCUCCACGGCACAGCCAUCAACGUGGAGGCCAGCCACGGGAAGAACUAUGGUCCAGUCAAGAUUCAUAUUGCAAACGUGGAAAAGGGAUGCGACGAUGAGCUGCGGGCUCUCUUUGAAGAGUACGGUACGGUCUCAGAAUGUGCAGUUGUGAAGAAUUUUGCUUUUGUACACAUGCCCAACUAUGAUGAGGCCAUGGAUGCCAUCAAAGAACUGGAUAACUCUGACUUUCAAGAGAAACGCAUCCAUGUUCAGGUGUCCAAGAGUCUGCCCAAAUAUGAGGAGUAUGAAGAAUACCCUCCUGCCCCACCUCCCCCUCCUCAUCUCCCAGAAAGGGGCGGCUACUGGCCUCCUCGAUAUCCAGGAGACAGACCUGAGCCUCCUCCACCCAGCUACAUGAGGGGUCGUUAUAUGCCGCCAGGUUACCCCGCCCCUCCUGUGCCGCCCCCUCCCCCAAGACGAGCCGUUUAUCCUGAACGUCCCUAUAGCGCUGAUAGAUAUAGUAUGAUCGAUUACUACGAGAAGUACAGAGCCCGUGCAUAUGGCAUGUAUUCAUAUGAUGCUCGACGUUCUGGCGUCCCACCUCCUCCUCCGCCUCCCCCUCCACCCCCAGCCGCCGUCCGCGACCGUGUAAUGAGCUCGUCGCAUGACCCAUAUGAGCGUCGGCCCCUGCCUCCGCCUCCACCUCCCCCGACUUCAUACUACGCUCGAGACCGCAGCCCCAUCAGGAGGGGGCCCGGCGCUCCGAUGCCUCCCGCCAGUAACGGCUAUUCCUACGACCGCUCUGCUUAUGGAGUUCCACGUGCACGGGACCCUUACACAGACCGCCUGCCUCCACCGCCGCCCCCGCCAGCACGCUAUCCUUAUUAGGCGAGACAUCGACGUCUGAAGGGUUUUUGUCCCGCUGCGUCGCCACAUGCGCCAUCAUGAUGUUUGUGAAUCUAUCUUCUUCCUGUCUGCGGCGGAGCGCGUUGCGUUUCUAUGCGACACUCGCAAGAGGAAACGAUUUGUCGACGUUUGUUUUUUAUUUUGAUAAUACUUUUACAGCCCUUUUUUCCUGUUUUAGUGUAACUGUACUGAAGUAUUUUGAUUGACGUCUGAAUAAGGCAUAGAUUUUUUUUUAUUCGAUAACUCAUUAAACCUAAUGUUGUUUUGAAGUCACAAUCUCACGAUUGAUCGAGUUUUCUGUCAGUUAAACCUCUGUGGCGUAGCUGUAAAACUUUUAGACUGGAAAAAAUAGCUACCAAAACACAAUGUAUUGAUAAAGUAGGAAUCUGUCAGGUCAGCGUUUUCAUUGUUGAAGCGGAUCUGUUAAAUAUGCGCUAAAACAUCACUGUAAACCUUUUCUUCAAACGCUGUCUGUUAAUGGCAAAGUUCUGAAUUUUAAGCCCCGCUGAUUAAAGAAGCUGUCCUCUUUGG